GAAGAAGAAGAAGAAGAAGAAGAAGAAUGUGUGUACUACCGUUUAAAGAGACUGACAAAAUGUCUGAAUUGACAGAGACUCAGAUUGAAUCCAGUGAUGAUGAACUCCCAGAGGAGGUCGCCUUCGAUGCAUCCAAAAGUGCUGCUCUGAAGAGCGUUAAAGACGCACUGGAAGCAGCCAAAAGAGAAAAGAUCCUACUGAAGGAGAAGCGAAAAAAGAGACAACAGCUGUUUCAAGAACAAAAGAAGAGAAAACGUCUUCCUCAAGAGCUCUUAGAGGAAUUUGAUAAAGAACCCCAAAAACAGACAGGUCCAUCAGACAACAAAUGUAUCAACAAAAAGGUGUCAACAAAGCCAUCAGACAUCAACAAAGAUAAGACGAAGACAGGGAACAUGCCUAAGAGAAUCUCAAAAAGUUUACCAGACAGCUACACGGUAAUGAGGAUAAAGGAUGAAUCUGCUGCAAAAUCAUUGCAACAAAAGGCCAUGGACUUCAUUCAGUCCCGUCUUUAUGGACCAGGAACCAAAAGAACAACCAAUGCAGAGCUUCUGUCCCUCAAAAAGAAACGGGGUGCGAGCAAAGGUGCAGCUGUGGAGUUUGUGAAUAAAAAAUUGGGUGCUUCCCAAAAAGCCAGGAUUGCAAGGUCCAACAAACGGUUUAUACGCCAACAGAAACUGAUUCCUUUUUGAGAUAAAACAGGAGAAAGAACUGCUGAAUUAUGAGAGUUCAACACAUGAAAACUGUCACACCUGGAGGCGGCUUCCAUCAUCCUGCUGUUUUUGACCAUGUGGAUCAUAUUUUUCAAAAAGACGCUUUUAAUUAUUUUGUGCAUUUUUCUUUAAACCUCAUAUAGUUAAA